AUGUUGCUGGGAGAUAAUAAUUCUCUAAAUAUAAGAGACAUUGAUUCAAUUGUUAUUGAUUCUCAAAAAGAUGAUAAAAUAUUAGAGAUUGUGCUAGAGAAUGAGAAAAGUAAUCCUAUCAUCCAGGUAGUCCCAAUAGAUCAAGGUAAAAAGAAAAUAGCAAAUGAAAAUAGACGAAAAAUAUCUCCUAUAAUAGAUGCAAUAAUUACAUGUGGAAAUCAAUGUAUGGCAUUAAGAGGUCAUCGAGAUUCAGGUUGUAUAUUUAAGGAUGAUACAAAUGAAAAUGAUGGGACUUUCGAGCUAUUCUCAGAAACCGAGCAAUUGGAGAUAAUGAGCUCAGGAUUAACUUAUGAAGUUCAAAUAAAAGAAGACUUUUUGCAAUUUAUUCCGAUUCAAGAUAUGAGAGGUGAAUGUCUUGCUAACACUAUUGAUGUUCAUCUUAAAAAAUUUAAAAUUAAUGUUAAUUUUAUGCGGGGACAAGAAUAUGAUGGUGCCCCUGCUAUGAGUGGACAUUUAAAUGGUGUUCAAUCACAUUUAAUAAAAAAAUAUCCUACUGCAAUUUAUGUACAUUGUGCAUCGCAUUUCCUAAAUCUAGCCAUUUCUGAUUGUUGCUCAAUUCCCGUUAUUCGUAGUACCAUGGGCACAAUAGGCAAGGUAUAUGAUAUGUUCAAGUAUCCAAAAAGAUCUAAUGUCCUCAAAAAUAUUCUGGCAAUGGAAGAAUUUGGCAAUAAUCAUCAUAAACUUGUGAAAAUGUGCCCUACAAGAUGGAUCCUACGACAUGAAUCGGUUGCAGUUUUUCUUGAAUUAGUUGACCCGAUAAUUGUUGUAUUGGAGGAAAUAUGUGGAUGGACAGAUACAUCAGUGGUGGCAGAAGCCAAUGGAAUCUUGAAAGCGAUUCAAGAUCCUGAGUUUUUAUUGGCCAUUAAUUGCAUUAACACUCUCUUCUGCCACACAAUAUUAUUAUGCAGAGCCUUUCAAAGAGUGAACCAAGAUAUGGUUCAGGCAUUGAUCUUAGCUGAAGAUGCAUAUAAUGCUAUUUUACAGAUAAGAAAAAAUGCUGAUUGUGAAUUUCGAACGAUUUUUAACAAAGUUCAAAAAAAAGUGCAAUCUUAUAAUAUGAUAAUAAGCAUGCCAAGAAUAGUAUCAAGACAAGUACAUAGGAAUAAUAUUUCCUUACAAUCAGUUGAGGAGUAUUACAAAAUUAUUAUUUUUAUACCACUUAUGGACACUUUUUUAACUCAGAUUAAAGAACGUUUAUUAAACCAUAAACUUUUGCUAAGUAACUUUCAAAUUUUGUUAUACUCUAAUCCAUCUGUGAACAUUUCGGAUGACAUUAGAAAUAAAAUUCAGUAUUUAUAUAAUUUUUAUUUGCAAGAUAUGGUAGGGACCGAAUUAGAAGUAAUAAGUGAAUUUAAAUAUUGGUUUGCCAAUUUAAAAAGAAUGGAUAUAAAGCCUGAUAAUGCAAUGCACUGA